AUGUCCGCCAUCACCACUCGGCGUCUGCCACCUGUAGAGGUCGACUGUAAGUGGUGGAUGCGCGGGUAUUGCGCGCGAGGCAGUGCUUGCUAUUUCAAACACGAUGCUGCCAUGCUUGCUGCAGAUAUAAGGCAAGAUCAAUCAACUACCGCCGCGUCUUCUUCAAAUCAUCGUGCAAGCCCUGCAGAGAACGAUGCCACCGAAUCUUCUCAGACGUGCGCGAUCUGCUUCGAGAGACCAGACACGUACGGCCUCCUGGUGAAUUGCGAGCACGCCUUCUGUCUUGAAUGCAUUCGGAAUUGGCGUGCUACACUCCCCGAAAACCCCACCUCCGAGAACGAGCUGAAGAAGACCAGCAAGACAUGCCCGAUGUGUCGUUCCCAAAGCGACUUCAUCAUCCCGAGUUCCAUUUGGCCAACAGCAGCUACAAACGAGAAUCCGAUGAAGAAGGAAAUCGUGGAAAGAUAUCUUGGGCGUCUCAGAACUAUUCCUUGCAAACAUUUUGAGAAAAGCAUCAACGAUUCAGCGCCGCCAGACUACAAAUUCAAGUGCCAAUUCGGAAACCAUUGCCAUUAUUCGCACGCACACCCCAUCACAAAGGAGCCAUACAUCUUCUCGGAGGAAGAGCUGCAGCGCCGGCGCAAGCCACGGAUGAGAGCACAGAUGCUGGACGAGAUGGCGAUCAUUGAGAUGCUGUUCAACAACCUGACAGCUGACUAUCUUUCUACCGACGACGAUGGAGACGGAGACGAAUUUGAUGAAGUGGACGACUUCGAGGACCGUAUUGUCUUCGAGGCCGAGUUCUUCGGCCUAUCAGACGAUUUUGAUGACUUCGGAUAUGAUUAUGGGUCGGACUGA